AAAAAAUAAAAAAAUAAAAAAAUGAAUCAGACAUACAUAGUUACCAUUGGAUGUUUAUUCAGAUCAGAAGUUCAUUGAUAAAAUAAAGGAAGCAUAUCAUUCAAUUAGCGGCAUUUCAAACUAAGAAAAUGGAUGACAUAUUUCCAGAAAUGAAUGAAACCGAGACAUUACACGUUCACGAGCUAAUUGACAGCCUAAAUAUGAAGGAAACAAGCAUUUUACCUUUGAUUAUAGAGAACUAUCCUCCGUAUUCACCUUUCUAUGGAGUGAUGGGCGUUGUCUUCUCUAGUGUGCUGACUUCGGCUGGAGCAGCGUAUGGGACUGCUGUAUCCGGCACCGGAAUAGCCGCCACAGCAGUAAUGCGUCCGGAAUUGGUCAUGAAGUCGAUUAUUCCGGUUGUUAUGGCAGGAAUCAUUGCUAUUUAUGGUCUGGUUGUUUCCGUGCUUCUCUCUGGCGAUUUGCAACCUUCUAUCAAUUAUUCUCUACCUACUGGAUAUGUACACCUAGCCGCUGGACUUUCUGUGGGAUUCGCUGGUCUAGCUGCUGGAUAUGCAGUGGGUGAGGUUGGAGACGUUGGGGUUCGUCACAUUGCCCAACAGCCACGCCUCUUCAUCGGCAUGAUUUUGAUCUUGAUUUUUGCCGAGGUUCUGGGGCUUUAUGGUCUUAUCAUUGGUAUAUAUCUGUAUACGGUUAACAUCAAGUAAAAUAACACUUUUUUUAUUAUA